AUGGUAAAUAGGCAAAAUGGCUUCUUCUCUAAACUGACAGGCCUCACCUCUUCCGUGUUCAACUUAAAUUUGGAGAACAUCCACGAGGCCGUGGAUGAAAAUUUAACCGCCCUGGAAAGAGCUGUACUGUACGGAAACAGCAGCAAGAAAUGCCGGAAGAUAAUAUUUGUUAAAGAGUUAGUGAAGUCCCUAAAUAGUAUAGACUAUGAUGAUUUUAAGAAGGUGAUUUAUCCUCUGCUUGUAAAAUUAAGCAACGAUAAAGAAGAAAUACAAUACGAGUUGUGUUGCCAGAUGGGCGACCUGUGUGCGUACUUGCUGCAGAAUAACAAUGGGCCGGAUGGGUCCGCGGAUAUUAUUAAGUUUCUCUUCCCCAUCCUCGAGCGGAUCAUCAGAAAUGGGCAAGGCGGGAGUGUCAUCGGGAAUAUCGGCGGGACUAUCGGCGACAGUGUCUGCAGUGGACACGUACUCGCGAACGCGAUGAAGGCGCUCCUCAUCCUAGCCACGCACAUCAAAGCCAAGUACCGAAAGAGCAUAAUCUUCCCCUUCAUACUCUCGCUGACGUCCACCGAAAAAUUCAAGAACCUGGGAUUCGUUCUCUUGAUUAAAAUUUCCCAUAUAUUUGAGAGAGAAAUGGUGUCCAGGUACUUGUUCCCAUGCAUCGAAUCCUUCGUUAGGGGAAAAGACGAAGAGAGCAAACUGUUCCUGUCCUGUUACCUGCAUAAUAUAUGCAGAAUUGUCAAGGAAGAAGAGUUGUUAGUGAUAUUUUUUAUGCUGAAAUCGCUAUGUAAUGAUCCUAAUGACAUCAUUAAAAUAAUUAGCCUGUACAAUUGUGUGCAUGUGUCAUGUCUUUAUUCAAAGAGUGUCUUUCUCCACUUUUUCGUUCCUGUGUUUAAUGAUUUUCUGAAGAAUUCAAAUUUGUACAUAUUUUACUAUGCCUUGAUAAAUCUGCUCCUUUUUGUUUGCCUUUUUGAGGACAUGAAUCUUAUUCAUCCCUUUUACAUUCACAAGAUGAUUUUUUUUUUCAAUAAUCUUUUUUCUUCCCACUUGUUUACGUUGAAUUAUCUGAACGACACCGCCAAGCGGCAGAGCAGCUACGCUUUGGUAGGCGUCCCCCGGGGGGGAGAAGCGCCACCCACAGUGGGGGAAGCACACAAGACAGAGGAACCACACCAAGGGGCCGAGGAAGACAUUUUGAGCAACCCGAAGGUGGACGUGCCAACUGGUAUUACUGCUUCUAGAAAGGAAGGACCAAGUAGCGACUCAAGCGAAAUAUCUCAUGGUCAGUCUAGCGAACACAACGGGGGGAGAAGCCACACAUCACACCUCUCAGCAAGGGAUGAAUCGGACGCAUCCGAAAGCAACUAUGAGGGGAAGCGAGAACUACAGCAAGAGACGACACUCACGAUGAACUGCGUAAGUGUGAAACGAGGCCUCCUUAGCCAGCCUGUCAGUAUGACGGAGCUGAAAGAAGAGGCGGGGGUCCAGCAAAUGGGGGGAAGAAGAUACCAUUCAAAAUCGGACAAUCAUUUGAAGGAAAAUUAUGCUGAUGACGCUGCACAGACUAACACAUUCGAAGAUGUCAACGGAGGCGAAAAUGGAACAGCAUCUCUGAAGAGCGAAUUAUCCCUUUUCCCCUCGUCGUCCUCCUUGCUGGAGUCAUACAAUGCCACAUCACUCCUUCCGUCUCUGCUGCCAUCCCCGUCCACGUCCUCGCUCAUCACCCCAGGAUCAAGCUCCAUUUUUGUCAACAAUGGCUUCAUUAACGACCUCAUAAUAAGCAACAAUCAUUUUGCGGUGAGCGUACGCCAGUUUUUUCAAGUACACGGUGAAGAACCUGGGGGAGCGAGAGAAGAAACCGAGGAGAAGGGCCCCCUACACGAGCAGUGGUGCACCCACCAGGGAGAAGCUCAAAAGGGAGACGAACUCUCCAAGAAGAAGGGCAUCCUCUUAGGGGAAGAAGAAGAAGAAAAGGAAAAAGAAGAAAACGAAGAAGAAGAAAAAGAAGAAAAAGAAGGAAAAGAAAACGAAAAAGAAAGAAAAAAAAAACAGGAGAACCACCCCACAUAUGUGGGGAACCAUAAUGAUGAACUUUUUAACCUCACCGAUAAUGACAUCACCAGCAUAGACAGCAUAUUUAAUCACGAUAAAACGAUUGACAUAAAUCAAAUUAAAGGAUGGUACUUCAGUGAUGUGGAUCUAAUCAAGGGAAACAUGGCAUACGGGGCGAUGUUUCUUCAGAAGGGGGGGAAAAUAGAUGCCCAUAGAGAGCGACGUCCACGUAAAAUCCACUUAAACCAAAAAGAAGAAGACAUUUAUAACGUCGAAGCGGUGAAUGCAGAGGCCCUCAAGAAGAAGUUUUUAUUUGACACCCCAAAUAACAUCAUCGUGUCUCACAACAUAAACGCAGUGUACAUCACGGCCCUGCACAUGCCUACCCUCAUCCUAGUGCUCAAGCAACACUUCUUCAGAUUUUUCUCUCACGUUUUUUUUUUUGUAUGUACCUAUCCGUACUACAUUAUUAGGAAGACCAUGGCGUCUUUAUUUUAUGACAUUUUGAUAAAUUUUCUGGAGCCCUCGGAUUUUUUAGAAGUGACUGUUGAUGAGUUAAAUGAGGAAGAAGACAUGAUGACCAGAUUUAGGAAGAGCGGAAAGGAUGCAAUUUCAAAGAACAGGAGUGACGUGUUUUCCUAUCCCCACCUCGUCAAAGUGGAUUAUGGAAAACAACGAGGUGGUAACAAUUACUCCACUAGAAAGGAUUUUCCUCAAAUCACGCAAACAUUCAAUGUAGACUACGCCACGUACUGCAAUAUGAAACGCAUACAGAACAUGCAAUCGGUGAGAAGUGAUGAGAAGAUAAGUAAUCUGCACAACAGUAGUUGGUCGGGACGUGAACUGGGUGAGAGUACGCACCCUACGUCAAACGGACCUACCGAGAAGCAACAAGAGGGGGAUAAUUAUUCAGACUGUGGAUAUUCGCAGGGGGGGAUCCACGACCAGGCCGCUAACCAAGUGAGCGAAGAUGUGGGAACCCAAAUGGACAAAGGGUCCGAACAAACUCUCCAGGAGAGAACCAACAUAAUCAAACGAAUGCAAAGUGAAAUUAAUGCCAACCUACACGAAAGCGAUUUUUUUAGAAAUGAAGAAAACGAAAACUGUUUUUUUUACAAAAAAUUUCUACACAAAUAUGAAGCUGUAUAUGAGAGAUACAUUCAAAGGUUUCGAAAAUAUUACAGUGAAGAUUCUUCCCUUUUUUUUUUCCACUUUUUCGUCUGUUACUUCUUGAGGGAUUCAAACGUCCUGGUUAAGAAGGCUAUCCUUAAGAGGUACGACAAGAUGGUUUUACUCUUCCCGGCGCUCGUACAGAAGGUGCUCAUGUCGUACUUGUCUCAUGUGCUGGAUUACAAGACGCUGGAUUAUUCCCUGCGCAAGAGGGUGUCGAAGGUGAUCUUCCGGAUGCUGUCCUGCGCAGAGGAUGCUCUGGUUGUCCGCACGUUCCUCUUCCCCCUAUUCCUCAGACUCUGCAAAGACGGCGUCGCCACCAUUCGCACCUACACGGCUAGCUACUUCUACCUAUUCCUCGAAAAGGGGUGCCCCCAGAUAUAUAACUUCUUCAAGGGGGGGGGUGAGAUAUUGCCUAUAGAAGAGUAUAAGAAAGACAGGAUACUGACAAAUGGAGAGAAGUACAAACUGAGGAGUCGGUACUUCACGGGCGGGGACGAAAUUUCCCUCAUCAAAACAGUUUUAGUGAUGUUUUCAAGGAGUUGCCAUUUCUUUGACCGCCAGAUUUUUAUAAAGAUGUGCGACGGGAUUAUCAACGAAUGCCCAUCGAACCUCUUCCUGUUGUACUUCCUAAAACCAUUUGUAAAUUUAUCCGUCGACAAAAUUAAAGUUGUCAGAACCACAUGGGAUAAGUGUGUAAUUUCGCAGCUUAAGAAAAAGGAACACUUUCUGAAUGCGAUAAAUAUUUUGUCCAAGCAAAAAGAAAUGUAUGCACAGCAGGCCACGACGACAGUAGAUAAAGACAAUUCUCCCACGCCAAACGAAAAGGAUUGCGAUAAUGUGCUCGAUAAAACCUUUGACAUUCACGACUUGAAUGAUUAA